ACUGGACUACUUAUACAUACCAUACUUUGAUAUAGCCAUUGGCUUUGUCAUGCCGGUUCUGAUCUUAAUUAGCAUAGUAACGAACACUUUGGUUGUCAUUGUUUUACUGAAGAAACACAUGCGUUAUCCAACAAACGUGUUUUUAGCAGGUAUAGCCUUCUCUGAUAUGUUUACAGGGUUGUCUCCCCUAGCUACAUGGCUUCAUUUUUAUGCUUUGGGAAAUUACAGGGAUUUUGUUCCUUACAAAUUGUGUUUAACAUACAUUAUCACGAUCCGUGUGCUCCCAACGGUAUUUCAUACCGCGUCGAUCUGGAUCACUACGGCGCUUACAAUACAGCGGUACGUCUACGUCUGUCAUGGUUUGAAGGCCCGGAGGUGGCCGUGUACAAUCAUCAAAGUGGUUUACUGUAUCAUCGCAAUCUAUGUCGCCUCUAUUCUUAGUCAUCUGACAGAAUUCAUCACUUUCUCAUUCAUACCCAUUGAAGUGACAUCACGCCUUAAUCCAAACGAGACGAUGGUGUCAUGCAUCCAUGAGUACAGUGCUUGGGUAGUGGAUCACGAGUAUCUUUACGUAAGCAUAUACACCUGGUUUAUUGUGAUCUGUUUAAACCUGAUACCAUGCACUGUUCUUGUGGUUCUCAACACUUUGCUCAUCUUACCCUUGCGCACUGCGAAACGUCGCUGGAUGUUGUUAUUGAACCAAAAUGAACGAUGUUUGAGCAUGAGACUGAAAGAUCGCAACUCAACAACACGCAUGCUUGUGGUUGUGGUUAGCUUGUUUCUGUUGGCAGAAAUACCCUUAGGAACAGUCAACGUCAUCUUUAUUAUACAAUACACAUUUGAAAUUGCCUAUAUGACGAACGAAUCAGUGAGCAUCAUUGCCAGUACAAUUGAAUUUAUCAUCUUGUUAACCUUUCCCUUAAAUUUAUGCAUCUAUUGUGGAAUGUCCAGGCAGUUCCGGACAACUUUUAAACAGCUGUUCAAAUGUCAAUGCCUCAACAUCAAUAUUGAUCCCAGGCCUACCGUUAUCUUCAAAAACUGUAACAAUAUGGAUAAGGAAUAGAAGAGAAAACUAUUUCUUUGUUGUUUCAUCAUAUUCGAAUUUAUCUUCAUGGAUCAGGACAGAAUUCAGACGAUUCAAGUUUGCUUGAUUGCAACCUUAUCAGCCUGCAUCAACUGAAAGGGCCAUGAUUCUCUAAAAGUAUGACAAGAUCGUUGCCAAGUGAGCCUGUGACCAUGCGUAAACGUCGUGGGUACAGGAUAACAAAGGAGAUAUCAGGUACGAUUGUUGGAAAUUCGAACCUUUGAGUUAUUUUCGCACAGUCAGCGGUAUGAUAUAUUUUUUUAUGGAAAUAACAUCACCUAAGUUGAUCUGGACAAGAUAAAGCAUGUUUUGAUAAUUAUGUACAAACGAUAGAUCGGCCUACAGCUACGGUAUUUUUGCAAUAUAUAUAAAGGAUCGAUCAGCCAAUAGCUAUUGUAUUUGUCAACAUAAAGAAAAGAUAGAUCGGCCCAAAGAUGUGCUCUUUUUCAAUAAUGAUAGAUUAGCCUCCAGCUAUGGUCGUUUUUAAAAAAAAAUAUAAAGAUAUAUCAGCAUACAGCUAUGGUUGUCAGUAUAUAAAAAGGCUAGACCGAUCUACAUGUACAGCUCUGUUCCAGUUAAACGAGGAUAUACGUGUAAAAAUAUAAAUUAUAUCACAUUAUACUGUUACAUAAUAGUGAGCAAUUAUUUUGCAGAAAAUGUUUAUUGAGGUCCGAGUCUCUGCUAGUGAAAAAGUAACUUCUUUCCUCAAAUGCAUUUUUUUGAUAUUCUCACAAGUGAACCCAAAGACUCUCUCAAUCUAUUUGAAUUUUAUUAGAAUCGCUUCGCGAUUAUAAGAAAGAAAUAGAGGACGUACAAACAGAAAAGCAGACGAGAGCCUUAGUCAAAAGUUGUAAGAGUUUAGAAGAUGACCCUAUUAUUAGAAGAAAGUCUUUGUAAGAUAUACAGCCAAAUGCAUUGAAGAUUGUAACCCAAAACAUAUUUUUAAGCGUAGAAAAAAGGACUUGUAUCACUUAAACUGUAACCCACAUCCAAUUCGACUCCAGAGAGACAGUUACAGUAUGAGAUAUUUUGUCAAAAACAACACAAGAAACACUACAGCAGUAAGGAGCAUUUUUAACGGAUGGGACUGUGAAUAUGAUUUUUGGAAAUAUACAAAUACCAAAAUUGAAUGAUACUAAAAGUGAAAAUAUCAUUAUCAUGCUGAAGCAUAGUACUGAUAGGAAAGCACCACAUUAAUAAAGAGUGUGUAAAAAGUUAUUUACAGAAAAUGUGAAGAAAAAAAUAAGAAAAUAUACCUACAUGCAACGGUUAACUGAAUACAUUCCAUCUAAAAUUGAGAUUGCCAUAACAUUGAUUUAUAUCUUUAUCUAAAAACCAAUAUACUUUGUUCAUGAUGAUGUUGUCUAAAUACCAGUAUAACGAUAGGAGCAGUUGGCCUUCACAGAUUUGAUUCAGGAGAUCUUAUCUUAAACCUACUAAAAGUUGAGGCUCACUAAAUGUCUAUUUGAUGUAGAGGCUUUAUAAACUCUUUGUCGAGCCAUACCAUGUUGAGAUGAGGUCCAGCUAAUUCUGUAUUUUCAAUACCUAGUGGUACUUUUUUCAUUAUUCUAAGAAUUAAAUCAGUAUAAGAGUGA